AUGAAGGCAGCCAUCUUUGCCUCUUGCCCCUCCCCCAAUGACUGGUUGCACAUCGUGAAGGUCUUCCUUCCCGACGUCUACGUGGAGCUGAAGACAAAUGCGACGACACGAUUCCAUCUCAAAGUCAGGCUGCACCUCAGUGCUCAAUACUACUUCGGCCACCUCUUUGAAAGGAUCGACACCAUCAUAGACGUGCACUUUGUGGCCAGUGCCCAGUUUCAGAACUAUUCAGCGGGCAUCGUCCACCUCAAGUACGAGACGUGUGAAACGGGGUUCACCGUUGCACAAAUCAUCUGCCCGUCGUACUUGAUGAAGACACAAGUGAGGCCCCUGGUGCAGGAGAUCCUCAGAGCCACCCUGCCCAGUGCGCUUUGCCAAGCAGUGAAACUAGUUGGCAACGUGGCAUUAUUUGAUUUUCUGUAUACAGCAAAUGUGUUGGUCUCAAUCCGCUCAGCAACAUCGCUCCAGUAUCAGCUGGCCGCACUGCCACAGUUAACGCCCAUCUCCUUUGCCGUGAAAUUAAACAUCUGGAUACGAACUGCUGGACGAUUCCUCUCCAUUCCUGCGAGUGAUCACCCUAUCGCUUUCCCUUCCCUGAAGGGCAACGAUCUCUGCAUGCUGUUCACCCAGGAUGCUAUUAAUGCCAUGCUCCCUGUGGUGAUCCGGGUUGCGCCUCAGGAGUUCAUUACCAGGCCACAAGUGUUCUCUGGUUCCAUGCAGCUCAUAAAUGCCGUGGCCCUUCUUCUUUCUCAUCAAAAGUGUCCCAGGUGCCCCGAUAAGUCUCCUCUGAGAAUUCUGCUCAAUGUGGUCGAACCCGCAGCGAUGGUCCUGCAGUCCAGCAGCGCCCACCUCCAGCUGGCCCUCGAGAUCGCGGUGGCUGCCAAGGACCCCCUCGGGACCAUCACCGACCUCUUCGUCCUCAAGGCGAACCUCAAACUGAGUGUUGAGAUGUCCGUCCACGACUCCAGACUGAUCUUCCACACAACUCUGAUCAGAGUUGACCUGCUUGUGAUUUCCACAGACAUCGGACACAUUUCUGUUUCCAGUCUUACAAGGUGGAUUCAUCUUCUUCUAGUGGAGACAUUCGUGCCGCGCAUCAAUGAUUGCCUGAAUGCUGGGCUCCCCGUGCCUUCUCUGUUGAACAUUAAAGUGGAUUACCCAAAGUUUUUGAUUUUGCAGGGCUCCCUUGCACUGUGUGUAUGA